AUGCCAUCUACGUAUUUUUCAAGGCUGAGGAGUGCGUUUCAGAAUGGGAUUCAAAGAUCAGGAGUUGGACAAGGAGGUGUACUGCAAGAUUUUGAGAGUCUGAUUGGGCAAGGGAAGUUUCGAAUCUGCAAUUAUAGGUUAUUUCAUUCUGUAUGUGUUGCAUCACUUACGGAUUUACAACUACUCUUGAGACCUGGUACCGUCGUUGCUGCUAGUUCUGAUUCACUGGUAGUUAACCGAAGAAGGAAUAUAUCUGUUGUUGGGGCACUUUCUCGUACAUUUUCUGUACCCUCUGUAUCAGGCCCUUCGUUUCAGGUUUGUGGCUAUCACAUAGAUCGUGCCCUUUGUGAAAACAAUCAAAUUUUGGUCAGUGGGAAGUCUUACAAUAAGCUGAUGGCUGCUAGUGCCUCUAGAGCUGUAUUUGGUGAGUGUUUAUUCGAAAAUCUGACUUCAAGGGGUGGGCAUCUUCCCUUGUCGACAAACAAUCUUAGCACCUCUUAUGGAAGCAGUAAUUCCCAGGGUUUCAGAAAGGCUAGCAUGAGUUUGAAAAACCAAGAGCAACCUACCAAUUCUCCAAUUUAUGGAUAUUUUAUCUACAAUGUUGCAAAGAGGUGGUGUAACUUUUCUCCAUACAUGGAGACAGGAUUUAGAGAUUACCAAAGUUCAUCGCAUUCAUGCUUUGCAGCUGGAACUGCCCCUGAUGUGACCUAUGAGAAUUCUACCCGUGAGGAACAGCUUGAAGGUUCUGCUUCAUCGGAACAAAAGAUUUCAACAGGCAAAAUGCUCGAGCUACUCUCGGGAUCAUGCUACCUGCCCCAUCCUGAUAAAGAAGAGACUGGUGGAGAGGAUGCCCACUUUAUUUGUACAGAUGAACAAGCUGUUGGUGUAGCUGAUGGUGUGGGUGGUUGGGCUGAUCAUGGUGUUGAUGCUGGGCAAUAUUCUCGGGAGCUUAUGUCUAAUUCAGUUAGUGCAAUUCAAGAGGAACCCAAGGGUUCAGUUGACCCAGCUAGGGUCUUGGAGAAAGCUCACUCUAGCACUAAAGCCAAAGGUUCCUCAACAGCAUGCAUCAUAGCACUCACAGACCAGGGUCUCCACGCAAUCAAUCUAGGGGACAGUGGAUUUAUAGUGGUUCGAGAUGGAUGCACCGUCUUCCGAUCUCCUGUGCAGCAGCAUGAUUUUAAUUUCACCUAUCAACUUGAGAAUGGAAACAAUGGUGAUCUGCCUAGCUCUGGCCAGGUUUUCACAAUUCCUGUUGCUCCUGGAGAUGUUAUAAUUGCUGGAACAGAUGGAUUGUUUGACAACUUGUACAACAAUGAAAUUACUGCAGUGGUGGUUCAUGCCAUGAGAGCUGGCUUAGAGCCUCAGGCAACAGCUCAGAAAAUAGCUGCAUUAGCACGGCAACGAGCUCAAGAUAAAGACCGGCAAACUCCAUUCUCCACUGCUGCACAAGAUGCUGGAUUUCGCUAUUAUGGUGGCAAGCUUGACGACAUCACUGUUGUUGUUUCAUAUAUUACCAGCUCUGAUGAUAUUUUGGAGUCCUAG